UUUUGUAGGGGGAGGCGAGAGAGACCCACUUUAUCAGGUAGACACGACCUAACCGCAGCAGACGCUUAUGCCUGCGGUCGCCUCGAUUGCAUCAGAUGAGGUGCGAAAUCGCAGGCGAGCAUCCCAAUCGGAAGCUAAAUCAGUGCUAGAAAAAAGUAAUUAAAUCAGUUGAUCGGCGAUCACAUGGUUUUCGAUUUUCCAAGCCUAUAAACAAGUGACUUGUAAGUGAUAGAUGGAAACUGGCGGCUAUAAUUAGCACAAGUGAUUAGUUAGUUGUUGGCGACUGGAGUGUGGAAUUUGUUUAUUGUUUACGAUCAGGCAUUUAAUCGUGUGAUCGAGAGCGAAUCGAUCAACCCUCGAAGAUUGUGCUCCACUGGGGGGCUUGGUAAUAAGCGUACAUUCGCGAUAGCACAGCCCAUUUAAAUGGCAAAAGAAAAACAUAAUUUAAUCUGUUAUUGUUUACGCCGAAAUGGAAAACACUUCUAAAAUGCGUCAUUGAACGCAUUUUCCAGAUAAGCAACAAUGUGUCAACAUCGAAGUUUGUUUAUGUGACAAGACUUAGAAAGCAAGAUGAUUUUUCGCUGACUCUGUCUCCAAGGGGGGCCCUUAAAUAAAUAAUUAAACUUUGAACUUGAAAUGCAUGUGCCAGCGCAUUAAGCUGAUAAGCUUAAUCGAAGUUCGACUCGUUUAAAAAGGCGCACAUGAUUUGAUGAUUUGAUGAUUUGAUGAUUUGAGAUCAAUGCCAACGUGAGAUGCGUGAUUUUGAAGACUAGACAGACAUAAUGCGGUCAUUGAAUCGGCUUGAUGAUCAAAUCAAAAACGUGAGUACGAAAUCCCAGUGUUUAUUUUGGUAUAUCGGGCAUAAAUCGGUGGGGCUAUCAAAUUUUGCACGACAUGCGUUUCUCGAUGCGGUUGUGGAACCUCCGGAAUCUUCCCGCUCCGUCCUGCCGCUGAGAUUGCAUUCCCAGCCCAACUGAUAACCACGACGAGUAUAUCAGCUGCCUGCCAUAUAUGUACGAUGAUCGGAGGUUUAAUUAGGCGCGGCUGUAACAUGAACAUUCAUAAUUCCGCUGGCAUUCAAUCAAUGCAGACGUGAACAAUUCCAGUGAUCAAGUGUUCAAGUGUUCGACUUAACCAGCGAUCUCGUGCCCAGUGUACAGUGUCUCAAUCGUAGUCAAUACUAAUUCCCACACAAGAAAAUCGAUACUCAUAACAUACAUACAUACAUAUAUAAGGACGUUAUUGAAAGCGAAGCAAAUAAUGGCGCAAAGUGAUUCGGGAAAUUGCUGUGCCAAGCUCAAUAAAGAUGAGUGCUGCCAGAAGACAAAGGAUGUGGUCUUAAGCGGCGUAUCGCCCAAAAUGUUUCCCGACAAAAUCUACAAGUCCGUGCAGCCGAAAGGCGAGGAUGCCACCGGAAUGACCUGCGAGUGCGGAGUUUUUGGCGCUAUCGCUUGCGGGGAUUACCCAACACAGCUGGACAUAGCACAGAUGAUCUGCCUGGGUCUGGUGGCACUGCAGCAUCGAGGCCAGGAGUCGGCGGGCAUAGUGACCAGUCUGGGCAAGUCCUCCAAGAACUUCAGCGUGCACAAGGGCAUGGGCAUGAUCAACAAUCUGUUCAAUGACGAGGCCAUCAGGAAGCUAAAAGGCAACCUGGGCAUAGGACACACCCGGUAUUCCACGUCCGCAGCCUCCGAGGUAGUGAACUGCCAGCCGUUUGUGGUGCACACUGCCCAUGGAGCACUGGCCAUCGCUCACAAUGGUGAGCUGGUGAACUGUGAGUCCCUGAGGCGAGAGGUCCUGGAGCGAGGAGUGGGCCUGUCCACGCACAGUGACAGUGAGCUGAUUGCCCAGUCCCUGUGCUGUGCACCCGAGGAUGUGUCGGAGCACGAUGGCCCCAAUUGGCCGGCCAGAAUUCGCCACUUCAUGACACUGGCUCCACUCUCCUACUCCCUGGUCGUGAUGCACAAGGAUAAGAUCUACGCUGUCCGGGAUUCCUAUGGCAAUAGGCCACUGUGCUUGGGCAAAAUUGUGCCCGUGGAUGCAGGACAUGCGAACAUCAAUGACCAGCUGGCCGAGGGUUGGGUGGUCAGCAGUGAAAGCUGUGGCUUCCUCUCCAUCGGUGCCAGAUAUGUACGCGAGGUGGAGCCCGGCGAGAUCAUCGAGCUGUCGAGAAAUGGCUAUAGAACCGUGGACAUUGUCGAAAGACCGGACUACAAGCGCAUGGCAUUCUGCAUCUUUGAGUACGUCUACUUCGCGCGCAGUGAUUCCAUGUUCGAGGGUCAGAUGGUGUACUCAGCCCGCCUGCAGUGUGGUCGCCAGUUGGCCAGGGAAUCGCCCCUGGAUGCGGAUCUGGUCAGCUCGGUGCCGGAAUCGGGCACAGCAGCUGCCCAUGGUUAUGCCAGGGAGUCGGGUUUGCCAUUCGGUGAAGUUCUCUGCAAGAACCGCUAUGUGGGCCGCACGUUCAUUCAACCGUCGACCAGAUUGCGACAGUUGGGCGUGGCCAAGAAGUUUGGUGCCUUGGCUCAAAAUGUGGAGGGCAAGCGCAUCGUGCUGGUCGACGACUCCAUUGUGAGGGGCAACACCAUUGGACCGAUCAUCAAACUGCUGCGUGAUGCCGGUGCCACCGAGGUGCACAUUCGCAUUGCCAGUCCACCGCUGCAGUAUCCCUGCUACAUGGGCAUCAAUAUACCCACACGUGAGGAGCUCAUAGCCAACAAAUUGAACGCCGAUCAGCUGGCGGAUCACGUGGGCGCCGAUAGUCUGGCCUACUUGAGUGUGGAGGGUCUGGUCAAGGCCGUCCAGAUGAACAAGGCCCAUGUGAAUCCACUGAAAGCUGGCUAUUGCACAGCUUGCCUAACGGGCGAGUAUCCUGGCGGAUUGCCCGAGGAGCUCAGCUGGUAGAAUCUCACAUCGAUUAUUAAUUUCUUAGGUUUAAUGUAGUUCUAGGCCUCAGAUUGUAUAUAAAGAAUAUAUAUUUAAAAUUUCAGUUCUUUGACCCAUCACAAAAAAUGUUGUUUUCAAUUAGCAAACCAGGGGUUUUUUCUUUGAGAUAAGGAAUAAUAAGUAGGACAACAAACUCAAGCAGAUACAAUUAUUAUAUAGAAAUAAAAAGAAAUAAAUAUUUAA